AUAUUCCUGGAAAUAAAUGGACCAUAGAUGCUGACUCACAGAUUUCUCGCUUCCUCAUCACCAGUGGAUUCGGUCGCCAUGGUGCUAUUGUGAGGUGGCGCUCUGGCCUGUUGAGUCACAGGAACAGGGUUGCAUCACAGGUGUUAAUUUGUCCCCUUGUGUAUCACCUAGGCCAAUCUACACCUGCAGUUUCCCCAAUCAUAACAAUGUCCACCUUGACGCAUGGAGCAACACCCCUGUAAUAUUAGCACACCCAUACGUGAGGAUGCUGCACUCAGCUCAGAGUCCAUCCCUGUGCCAGGCCAGUGUAAUGCGUCUCCUGCUCCUGCUCUGCCCUCGUCUGGCCUCUACCAGCUGGACAUCCUGCUCAGGAAGGGCAGCAACCUGGCCAUACGCGACAGAGGAGGCACCAGUGACCCCUAUGUGAAGCUGAAGCUGGGGGGUAAGGAGGUGUAUCGCAGCAAGACCAUCCACAAGAACCUCAACCCCGUCUGGGAGGAGAGAGUGUGUCUCAUCGUGGAGCAUCUGCUUGAGCCGCUUUACAUUAAAGUGUUUGACUAUGACUUUGGGCUUCAUGAUGACUUCAUGGGCUCCGCCUACCUUUACCUGGAGUCUCUGGAACAGAACAGGGCUCUGGACGUGUCCCUGGAGCUGAGUGACCCCCAGCAUCCGCAACAGGAUCUGGGCUCCCUGGAGCUGACCGUCACCCUGUCCCCCAAAGACAAGCCAGACAGCGAGGCCACCCAGCAGCAGAGCGUGCGUCUGUCGGAGCAGCACAGGAAGUCUCAGCUGUGGAGCGGCAUCGUCAGCAUCAGCCUGAUCGAGGGACGCGACCUCAUGUCCAUGGACCACAACGGACUCAGCGACCCCUACGUCAAGUUCCGCCUCGGACAUCAGAAGUACAAGAGCAAGACGAUGCCCAAGACUCUGAACCCCCAGUGGAGGGAGCAGUUUGACCUGAACCUGUAUGAGGAGGAGGGCUACACACUGGAGAUAGCCGUCUGGGACAAAGACACAGGCCGACGAGACGACUUCAUCGGACGCUGUCAGGUGGACCUGUCUACUCUGAGUAAGGAGCGCACCCAUAAGCUGGAGCUCCCCCUAGAGGAGGAGAAGGGAAUGGUGGUGCUGCUGGUCACCCUCACUGCCUCCACUGCCGUCUCCAUAUCCGACCUGACCCCCAACGUCCUGGACGACCCCACAGAGAGACAACAGCUCAGCAAGAGAUACAGUCUGUUGAGGUCCUUCACCAACCUGAAGGAUGUGGGCGUGGUGCAGGUCAAGGUGUUGAGAGCAGAGGGCCUCCUGGCUGCAGACGUAACAGGUAAGAGUGACCCCUUCUGUGUGGUGGAGCUGUGUAACGACAGACUGCAGACACACACCGUCUACAAGAACCUCAGCCCCGAGUGGAACAAGGUCUUCACUUUCAAUGUGAAAGACAUCCAUUCUGUGUUGGAGGUGACCGUGUACGAUGAGGACCGUGAUCGCAGUGCCGACUUCUUAGGCAAAAUAGCCAUUCCUCUUCUCUCCGUCUCUAGUGGAGAGCAGAGGGCCUACGCCCUGAAGAACAGGGAGCUGACGGGGCCGAGCAAGGGCCACAUCUUCCUGGAGAUAGACGUCAUCUAUAAUGCCGUGAAGGCCAGUCUAAAGACAGUGGUACCGGCCGAAAGGAAAUACAUCGAAGACGAACAGAAAGUUUCCAAACAGCUGCUGCAACAGAACUUCAGCCGUGUGAAGCGUUGCAUCAUGUUCCUGAUCAACGUGGGCACCUACAUCAACAGCUGCUUCGAGUGGGAGUCCCCACAGAGGAGCAUACUAGCCUUCCUGUUCUUCGUGUUAGUGGUGUUGAACUUUGAGAUCUACAUGGUUCCUCUCUCGCUGCUUCUGCUGCUGGCAUGGAACUACUUCCUGCUCGCCUCCGGACGGAAGAAUCGAGACGGAGAUGUGGAAGCAGUUGAGGACUUCCUUCAGGAGGAAGAGGAGGAGCUUGAUGACAAGAUGCAGGCGUUGGACUUCUCUGAUGAAGACUCUGUGGCUAUGGAGGAAGUCUUAACAGCCUGGCACAUUGAUUGGAUUCAGAUGAUGGAGAUAGUGAUGGACUCGGAGAAGAGAGGCUUCAUGGACAAGCUGUAUGCCAUCCAGGACGUGUGUGUGAGCGUGCAGAACGCCCUGGACGAGGUGGCCUCCUACGGGGAGCGCAUCAAGAAUACGUUUAACUGGACGGUGCCGUUCCUCAGCUGGUUGGCCAUCACCUCUCUGUGUCUGGCCACCCUCGUCAUCUACUUCAUCCCCCUCAGAUACGUGGUGCUGGCCUGGGGUGUCAGCAAGUUUACGCGCAAGCUGCGCGACCCGUACAUGAUUGACAACAACGAGCUGCUGGACUUCCUGUCCCGGGUGCCGUCCGACGUGCAAGUGAUACAGUACCGAGAGCUGAAACUGGAGCCAGGACAAAGCCCCAGUAAACGGAAGAGGAUCAACCCGAGCUAAGCGUCAGAAAACGCAACAACCUGUUAUUUUGGUUUUUUUACUUGUUGAAAAACACAGAGCACAGCUCAUGUAAAUUACACUGUAAAUGUUGUAAAUAUUGUAAAACACACACAUAUGUACUAUUGAACAAACAUGCUGUAAACAAAAAUGUUGUGGCAACAGACCACAAAUACUCAAGGGACUAUGUAGUAGAGUAAUGCCUAGCAUUGGAUACAAACCUUUCCACACACCAACCUUCCUGUCUUUUUGAAUGUACAGUUCAGUACACGGUUCUUGUGCAACAACUUGUACUACUCCCACAGAAAAGGGGUUUUACCUUUGUAAUCUUUUUCUAUAUCACACCCACAUGUUACAAACACAGACAGUUACAUGGCCCAAGAAAAUGGCUGUGCUUUGGCUGUCAUGCCCAUCGCAAAAAAAAGUGUUUUUUCAGCAGCUAUGAAUGUCACACUGGAUUAGAAAUGUCAAAUGGUCAAAUUUUAAUCAACUGAAUUCACUGGUUGUUGGUAACCAUAGACAAAUUGAAUACAAAUUGAGAAAAAAAAAGAAUCUUCAUGGUUUUUUUUAUUCUGAUUCCCUGCUUUGCAUGGGCAACCCUCUGUCAAAUAACUUCACACAGUUAUAGUCCUGGUUUAUGUGUCAAUUUCAACUACACUAGUGUGCCUCAGUCUAUAAAAUUCCACUAUCGACAUACAGUCUAGUGGUCAAAGUGUAGAAAGUCAAGCAGUGUAUGAUACCCCAUCCAUAUCAGCCAAUUUUGAAGGGCUCGGAAAUCUUCGCUCUAUGCCAGGUUUACACUAAUACACUUCUAGCCAUCUUGGAGCGGGACAUUUCCUUCAACAUGUGUGGAUACAUGUGUGCAACAUACACAAAUUCUUUUGAAUAAGACACAUUUUGAAUAAGAUCUGUUCCCCCAAAACGUGUUUCGUAAGGCUGUGGUGCCAUUUGACAUGACAUCAAGGAGCAAAAACAAUGGAAAAAUAAAUCAUGCCACACGUCAAAGAUGGAGGAAGGCAUGGAGGUGUUAACAGCUAAAACGUAUGAACAGAAAUAUGAGUGUGGUUGACCAAACCUAGGAUAUGAAUGGGACUUUAAGCAUUUAAUAUAUUCCUCCACGCGGCAUACAAUGACACUGAAUGCAUACAGUACCAAUGAAUAUAGAAACAGAUGGCACAAACAUUCUGAGGGCUGCAAAUAUCUCUGCUGUUCUUUUCUAUUCUACUCUACCCUACUCUACACAUACAUCAUUGUAGUAACAUCCACCAUUGUAGAAACAACCAACACCUAAAGCACUCACGGACAAGUGCUUCCUGCCAUGUUUGUAGUAGUAAUUGUAGGAGUAGUAGUAGCGUUAGCACUUUACAUUAACCGAGGAAGCUGCAUGUUGUUGUGGUGGUGUGCAUGACCUGAGAGAAAAAAAAUAUGUUUCUUCCUCUGCGAACAAACCACUGAGAGAGGAGAGCAGAGGAGAGGAGAGAAGAGAAGAGGAGAGGGCCGAAGCGUCAACGGCCUUUGGGUAUCCAUCGAUCUUCCAGACUUUCGCUUCCCUUCUCUUCACUAACUUUCCUUCUAUAUCUGAUUUGCUGCUCUGCUGUUGUUGCUUGCCUGCUUGCGCUUCCCCCCCAAAGCAGUCUGUGAUUACACAGAUGAAGAUGUGUUGACUGUGAGCAUGUGUUUCUGAUAACCCAAAAAACCCUUUUUAUGGCGCUCAUCAAUGAAGGAGAGAGAAGUCUGAGGGUUUUCAUUUCUUCUUGUAACUCAGUGUAACUCCAGGUGUCUUAAAAGUUCUUCCUCUAUCCGUGUGAGAUAAUGUUUGUCUGUCUGUGAAACUUUUUGCAGCUGUCUUGCUGACCAGUGUGUAGUGUCUGUUGUUGCCAUGGCCAUGAUGCGACUUCCUGUUUGGUCACAUGACCACUUCCUGUUGGCCGUGGCAUUCCAUUUCACGAAUAGCUAUACAGUAUAAACUUCUCUCAUGACAUUGUUACACUGGUGGGCGGUGUGUGUCCACCAGUGCUGUAUAUGACUACAUUAA